AUUUUAACUGUCGGGCGAGGACAACUCCCACUUUAUUGACAAAGAAGACUAAGUCUCAUUUUGAAUAAGUUACAAACCCGUGUUUGACUUGGUCUCGUUUAAAAAAAUAGGGAAUAAACGGUUAUACCAGCAUGGAUUUGGACUCCAUGAAAUAUGCUGAUUUGCGAGGCCUCGCUAAGGAGCUCGGGCUUAAGGCGAACAUGAAGGCCCACAAACUCCUCAAAGCCCUAAAACAGCAUUAUCAACAAGAUAACAACAACGAAGAGGAAAAACGGAGCAACGAUAAUGUCCAAGAGGAUGAGAAGGACAGUCAAGAUGGAGAUUGCAAGGACGCCGCUUUUAGCACCACAGUGUUCGUAAACACAUGUCGGGGUAGAGGCAAAGCCACCAAGAGAAAGGUUACCGAAAAUACAACCGUAACAGAGGGUGAUGUCAAGAUGAAACCAAAUGCUGCACAGGGUGAUGCUGAAAUAAAUUCGCACAGCACAUCCUCCACUGCAAAAAGUGCUAAGAGGAGAAAGACGUCAUCUGAUGAAGACUGUGAAAAAACUGAACCAGUGUCCCAUAAGGAGCUUCAGACCACCAUCGGUGAGCAGCAGCAGGCUGACACGAAGGAUGAACCGCCUGCGUGUGGUGGAACAGAAAAGGCACCAAAAGUGGCUAAAGCUGGUAAAAUCCCUCGUUACCAAGGUCUCCAGCAGAAGAACAAGACUCUGUUGAAGCCUGUCACUCCUAACUUCAAAAAACUGCAUGAGGCACAGUUUAAUAAAAUGGAGUCCAUUGACACCUUCCUCCAGCGGAAGACAAAGCAGAUGGAAACCUACAGGAAGCCGGUGAAAGAACUUAAGGAGCUUUCAGACAACACUAAAUUGCAGCAACCCGAUGGCAAAGCCCACAUGAAGAAAAAUCCAGCCCGUGCCACUGUGUUCAGCCCUGCCCCGGGGAAUGGUAAACCAGCUGAAGAAGACUGCGGACACACUUUGCUCUCAGCCAGUAAAGUUCCACCUAAUAAAGCUGCAGGGAAAGAUGUUCCAUUCAGACCAUCUAUCCUUUCCACGCGCAGGAUCAAUGUGCGAUUCUCAGAAGCAACUUGUGACAACAAGCUUAAGAGAUCUUUGGUGAAAACACCGGCACGCAUGUCACCUUGCAUGGCUUCCAGCACCCCCAAAAAGCAGACUGCUGGUGCAGGAAAGCCCCAAAGUUUCAGGAAUUCAACUUUUUCUGCGCCAAAAACGCCAGGACUAUUCGUUUUCACCGGCAACACAAGCACUUCAGCAACCCCUGGGAAAGAGAAGAAACCGAAUUUUGAUCUGAAAGCGAGUCUGUCGCGUCCUCUCACCUACAAGCCACAUAAAGGUAAACUUAAGCCGUUUGGAGAGACCAAAGAAAACCCAUCAGGAAACAAGUCUCUUGUCUCAGACACACGUCAGGAAAGUUACAAACAACACAAAGUCCAGUCAAGGGAGGAAAGGAGGACAAAACAAAUGGAAGGCCGCAAGCAGAAAAAAGAGGGUCUACUUGGGGCGAGGAGAGGACUUGUCAUGAUGUAGAAAUGUUGUGCUUGCUUUUGACGUAUGCAAUCUUUUAGCUUGUUGUAGCAAAGUAGACUGCUCCUAUCUUCUCUGCAGCCUAUCUUGCAGAGUUUCUAGGUUUGUGUAUUUGUUUAAAAAGCAUUUUUCCUAAAAUAAUUCUUUUUGUCUCUUAGUGGAUAGUAUAUUCUCUUAGAUUGCAAUAAGAGUUUCCAAUUCUGUUUUUUACAAGUUUUAUGUUUUUUUUAAAAAAAACAUUAUUCUAAGAAUAAAAAUUUGACC